AUGGUGCAACAACUAUCAUUAGUGUCGUCAAUUCCUCAUUCGAAUUACCUACAAACAAUAACCUCACUUCAAGCCAUCACCGGUAUACUACAACCACAACAAGUUUCCACCUACUCAUUAAUAACCAAACCCAACCAUGCGUUUAAACCUAAAUUUGAACCAGGAAAAAUCAACCAAAUUGAGCAAUACUAUAUGAAAUGUACAACAUCUUGGGAAGAGCCAAAGAAUGGUCACUUGGAUAUUGCUAGACCUGUAUUCAAUGAUGAUAAAGAGCACCCUAUAUUGGUGAAGAAAUUAUUUAGUAAUGAUUAUGAGGAGGAAGGAGCAAGUGGUAGUGGUGGUGGAAAUGAGCGAGUAUGGACCUUACAGAUCAGUGAUAUACCCAUUGCUGGAAAAAAUCAAACUUGUCUGCAACAGACGAUUUAUGAAAGUACUUUGGUGCAUACACAUAUUGGUGUUGAUAGUGAAGUUGCGGAUGAAUUGGGUGAUAAGAUGGAUAUCGAUAUUGAAGUGAAGGAGGAGAAGGAAGUAAAGCAAGAAGAUAUGAAAGAGGAUAAUGAGAUAAAAAGUCAAGACCCCGUAAUAAAGAAAGAAGAAGGAGCUGCAUCCAAUGAUGAAUCUAAUACAAAGGAUGUGGUCGCCAACAAUGAUGAAGACAUCACCAAUGAAACAACCACCGUAAAGAUCGAGCCCCAGGAUGGGUCCAAAACCGCAACCCCACCCAGAAAGUCUUCCAGAAAGAGCAAAAACGACUCAUUUCUAAUCUUUCUCAACGAUCUCGGAUACGAAGUAGUCAAUCAAUACUGGAUAAAAGGCGUACGGUUUUUUUACAAGGAUAUAAUUAUAGAAAUCUACAAAAUAUUUAUUCGUGAUGACGAUUACGAUGCUGGUACUAGUGCUGAUACAACUGAAAAUGCUAUAAAAUUGAAGUUACUUGAUGAAUCAAAUACUUUCCAAAUUAAAUGUUUUGUUAAUGUUCCCAAGACUACUGAUAUAGAACUCAUUAAUGCUGGUACUAAAGAAUUGAGCAAGUUGCAAGAAUUUGUCAAGAAUUUGUUCAUUUUGGAAAUACCUGAUCGAAUGUUUAUGGAUUCAAGGAUACAAAGUUUGAAAUGA